UGCCGCUAGCUGUGUGAUAAGGUAUACUCACGAUUCUCAAUUUGAUUGCUUGUUGAGUCACAGAGUCACACCAAAGUCGAGUAGGUGGAGUAACGGGUUUUGACUGGGAUUCACCGGCGAGUCUCCGUACCCUGCGUCUCCCAACGACAUCUUCCUCUUUCACACUCUCUCUACACAUGUACUAGCCCUUCGACUCGUGACUCCAGCCUGGACAGUUUCUGUACGCAUUCAGAUUCCAUCUCGCUAAUCGAAUCUCGGAUCACAAUAAGCCCCGCCCCCUCAGCUCAUCCGCAUACGUGAUUGUCAUCCCUCCUCCCUCUGCAGCAUUCGCCCCAGCAGCACCCCUCAAGCAUGUCCGACCCCUCCUCGUCCACGUCCUCAUCCACAUCCAGCGGCCCCUCUAAUCGAAAUCCCACCCACGUUCUCCCAGCUUCAAAACCUGAGCAACAACAACAAGCAGGUGUGGGAGAAGCGCUCAAGAGUUUCAGACCUGCUCAAGCUGCAAACCGAUUGAGUUCUGGAAGGGUUCAUUGCGCCAAGCAGAGCCUGCUUUUGGGAACGGCUACAGCUGCGGGUGUGGGGGGAAUCAGCGCUUUGGCCGGAAGGGGCCCGAAGAGGAGCUUAAAUUGGGGCAUAGGAGCAUGGUUCUUGAUCACAAUCAGCAGCUGGGAGCUGUGUAGACGGUCUAGAGCAGCAGAGGCACAAAGGAUGAAGAUUGCCAUAGAAGCCUUCAGCAAAAAGAGGGCUGCUGCGGCAGGUACGAGCGGCGGGGCAGGAGGGACGUCUGCACCAUCAUCGCAGAGGUGAAGAGCAAUCGCAAUGCAUAGGAAUCAGAAGGCGACCAGCACGUCACAAGCCUUCGCGUCUUGUUUGAAGCUGCUCGGGGGGUCAAAAAGCUGCUUCCAGCGGGCUUCCACCGGACGAGAAAAUGGAAUGGGGAUAUCGAUUGGCGGACGAAUGACGUCGUUGGAGAUGGGUAAGAUACAGCUGAUACGUGGAUGCGGCGAGAAGGUUCGAUGAAAGGGCAGCGAUGUAGGAUGGGCAGCAGCAACAGCGCGGAAGCGGAAUGAUAUUGAUAGAGAGGGCGAAGGCAGUGGCACAAAAUUCGUCGAGAGCCGCAGGUGAUCCGCAAAUUCGUACGACUCGACCGAA